AUGAUCCAAACAGAAGUCGCUGGGUUUAUCUAUGCCGGCCAUGAAACAAGUGCAAUUACUCUUUCCAACACAUUGCUCCUUCUCGCUAUGCACCCAGACGUACAAGAGCAGGUUGUGGCCGAGAUACGCCAACAUUGUGGUGCUCUUGGUGAAGAUAUUCGAUAUGAAACGCUUCAGGAGCUCGUCUACCUAGAAAUGGUACUGAAGGAGUCUCUCCGCUUACUGCCGAUCGCACCUUUCGUUGGCCGCCAAACAACACAAGAAAUCGCUGUGGGAAAGUACAUUCUACCAGCGGGUGUUGAUGUGUUCAUCAAUGUUUUCAGCAUUCAUCACAAUCCCACCUAUUGGGGAGAGGAUGCCGAUCAAUUUCGACCGGAACGGUUUACUACGACGACUUACGAUCGCUCUACGUAUUUGCCCUUCAGUGCGGGAAUGAGGAACUGCAUCGGUGGACAGUACGCAAUGAUUUCGAUGAAAAUAAUGCUGAUUAAGAUAUUUACUUCCUAUCGGCUGGAGACGGAUUUGAAGCCAAAUGAUUUGAGCAUGAAAUUUGCCCUCACUAUGAGAAAUGCCGAUGGGCACAUGUGGCGACCCCUCAGGAAGGUGCUUCAACCGAUGUUCAAUAUAAACAUCUUGAAAAGCUUCAUUCCUAUUGCGGGAAUGAGGAACUGCAUCGGUGGACAGUACGCAAUGAUUUCGAUGAAAGUAAUACUAAUCAAGAUCCUUACUUCCUACCUGUUGGAGACGGAUUUGAAGUUUAAUGAUUUGAGCAUGAAAUUUGCCGUCAGCAUGAAGAAUGCCAAUGGAUACAUGGUUCGAUUAAUGUCUCGGUGA